AAAACUCUCGCGAGAUGGUUGAGGUUAGCUAUUGACCUUAAAUGGUCUAUGAUGUAUAGGUUAUGUGGUCUCGCGAGAGUUGCCGCACGUUUUCUCAACUUGGCAGUUACCUUCUAGUCACGCCCUAGACAGUAUAAGGUAAUAAACAGUAGCCUGCAAACACCAUUCGAGCAGUGAAAAAGUCACAAGUGAGGACACGGGGCAGGGCAGUGGGAGGAUAUCAGUUCCUAGUAAUGUAAUAAGAGGCCAAGCCUGAGGUGCAGAAGACACAGAGGGAGGGACGAUGGUCGAGGUCAUUUACAAGAUCUGUCACAGGAUGUCUGUAAACCGUGUUCAGAACAGCAACAGGUAACCUCUGUGAUCCUGGUUAUUGCUGCGACAGUUUUCCAACUCCACUGGUCACAAUUAGACAUCAUCAUCACACAUCUGGCACAGCUGUUUAGGGAAGCAGCAGCAUUUUGCAGCAUGUUGGAAUGCCAAGGAGUCAAGCUGCGCUACUAUUUGACAGUGCUAUCUGGACUCGUGGAGAGUUUGUUCUUCACAGGGGUCUUCUUCGGCUGGGCUUCCCUGGUGUUUGUGCUGAAAGUUGAUGGAUACUUUGCUGGAUACUGCGCCAACACCACCAGAGAUGAGGACGAUGCUGUGCACAUAGAUUGUAGUGGUCAGGAUGAGCACUUGUCUCGGGUCAUGUCUGUCGCUUUCAUCGCCAACACAUUAUUACGCUUCCCAGUUGGAUAUUUCUUCGAUCGUUAUGGAACCACAGCAGCGAGGCUAAUAGCUAUAUCUUUUUACACCACUGGCACACUGCUCAUCACACUGUCAAACACAGAGACGUCGGUGAUGCUGUACCCUGCGACUGCAUGUCUUGUUGUUGCUGGAACAAUCCUGUACAUCACCAAUGUUCAGGUGGGGAACCUGUUUGACUCCUAUCGCUCCACCGUCAUCAACAUCUACAAUGGGGCUUAUGACUCCUCUGCUGCCGUCUUUCUCAUCAUAAAGCUGCUGCAUGAAAAAGGAGUGUCUCUUCAUUCGUCUUUUAUCUUCCUCACCUUCUGUAGCAUACCCCUCCUUCUACGUACCUUCUUCUUAAUGCCCAGAGGACACAUCCCCUACCCGCUGCCAGAAACAUACACUUAUGGACUAAGCUGCCCCAGCCAAAGGAGAGAAAGAAGAGAGGAGGAGGAGGAGGAGGAGGAGGAGAACGAUGAGGAGGAAGAAAUAAAGGAAGUAGAUGCGAAAAGGAAUGAAAAGGACAAGAGAGCAGAGGCUGAGACGUCUGCCUGCCUACUCAAAGAGCCACUGCAUGGGCAAGAGGAAGAAGCUAGUUUCCGGAGCUGUGCGAUGUCCUGGCUCUUCCUGUGGCACAUGGUGUGGGUGGUCACCAUCCUCCUCUGUCAGAUCAUCUACUUAUCCAACGUCAACCCCAUGCUCAGCCGGCUGGCCAAUAAUGACCAAACCUUGGUGAGUCACUACACCAAUGCAUUUGCCUUCACCCAGCUGUGUGGAGUGCUGUGUGCUCCCUUGAACGGCCUCAUCAUGGACAGACACAAGCGCAGGCCUCUGGCUCUAGGAGAAACCAAGCGGGAAGCAGACCUGCGUUCAUCCCCUCUCGCCCUCUUCCUGACCUCCCUGCAGUGUUUCCUCUUCUGUGUGUGUUUCACCUGUCCUGUCCUCCCUCUGCAGUACCUCACCUUUAUCCUGCAGGUUGUCAACAGCUCCUUCUUUUACGGAGGCCACCAAGCAUUUGUCAGCAUUGCCUUCCCAAUGUCUCAUUUUGGGAAGAUGUCAGGGAUGGCGAUGUCGUUAUCAGCUCUGGUGCUGCUUCUCCAGCUUCCACUCCAACAUCUCAUCACGCACCAGCUCCACGGUGAUCCGCUCUAUGUGAACGUGGGAGUCACCUUGGUGUCUCUGCUCGCCUUCAUUCACCCAGUCCACGUCAGUCUCUACUGCAAAAAGCUGGCCAAACAGAGAAAGACAGGACAAGAAGUGAUUGAUCAAGGGUCGGAAAAAUGUUGACAUUAUCCAAUGUAACCAAUUGAAAUAGAAAAGAGUAGUUUACCCUUUUGGAAACCACAAUUUUAAUUGAAUAUAUUUUUUAAUGUAUCAGAGAGAGAUGAACAGAGAGAGAGAGAGAGGAGAUGGAUGGGUCUAAGUGAUGGUAGCUUGUGUUGUUACUGUUAAAUAUUUUAUGAGAAAUAUAUGAAUUUUCACUUACCAUUUUAUUCCAGUGGCACUUGGUAGGUUCUUUUAACUCUCAUGAAAUAAGUUUUAAAAAAUUAAGAUAUUUGGGUAUAUGCUAACUCUGUUUGAGUUCACAUUGGGAAAUGUCAAUUACAUUAGGUGAAGAAUGCAUUAAAAUAUGUUUAGGACUUGGGACUUGAUUGUCAACUUGCCAAAGAAGCAACACCUAGUGGAGUUGGAGGGGUCAUCAAAGUUGACAUUCAUCACAGUAGACAUCACAUCUACUUAUAUAUUGUCAGAUGAUCUUUGCAUGGUAAGCAGUUGAAAGCCUGCACUGAUUUCAGCAGCCUUAACUGCAUUUGAAAGAUAACGUAACUAUUAUUCACAACAGUGGAAGCAGACAUGAAUCUGUAUUUGAGUAUGGAAAUUCAUUCUUGACCUUGGUGACACUGACACAUAUCUGUGUACAUCUAAAUAAAAGCGAGGAAUCUCUGUC